UGCAUGCUAUCAGAGGGGAAACAUGACAGACGCCAGUACACAAGCAGCUUUUGCCUAAAUAUAGAACUGCCUGGAAAAGCAGAACAACAAAAAAAAAUGUAAAUAAUUAUUUUUCUGCAUAAACUGAAGUAACGGAACUACAGAAGAGAUGGGAUGGAUUGUGAAUUUAUGGACGAUCAGUCUUCUGACUUUUUCUAACAGCUUCAUUUGGACGUAUGAAACCCAAUCAAAUCCUUCACUUGCCUUCAGGGUGACACCAAGCUCUUCAGCUUCAACAAAACCACUGGAUAUGUUUGAUGAAGAGUUCAUCAGCAUUAAGCUGGGUGAGAAGAUUAAUCUGAGCUGCACAAAUCGAACAUGGAGCACAAUGCUGUUUGAUACCUGGGAGUUAAAGCACACGGAUGAAAUGAAGUGCAGGAUUGCAAACAGCAAUAGCGAUCCUGCUGUCAAUACUUGUAAUGAUGGAAGAAUACUUAUCAAUACAACGGAAGGAAGAUCACAGCUGCACAUACCCUCAUUUAAAUAUACAUAUGAAGGGAUUUACACAUGUCAGACAGCUUUCCAACAUGGGAGCCACAAAAUAUUGUUUAAUGUAUCUGCCAUAGUUCAACCAGAGAUAAGUGGAAGAAUUGAAUAUUCUCCCAAUGACAAUCAUGACGUGGCUGUGUGUGAAGCUUCCAAUGGGAGACCAAAUGCAAGCAUAUCAUGGUCAUCAGAUGGAAAUGUAACUGACAAGAUCACUUACAACCAGAAUCGUACCUUUACAGUGGAAAGCAGGCUUAUCAUACCUUACAAUACAUCUAUGGGAAAUGUCACCUGCAUAGUCAGUCAUCCAUAUUGGAAUGAAUCACAAACUUACACUAUUCCAUUAAUCCACACAGCUCGACAUUCAAUGUAUUGGGUUGUCAUUCCCUCCUGUUUAUUUUGUGUUCUGUUGAUUAUAUUUGUAACAUCUUUUGCUUGCAUAAAAAAGUACCUAGCUGACCUCAGAAAUUGUUGCAAGUCAACCAUCCCUGUAGCAACUGCACCAACCAAAACUCAGCAGGAUGUGGAAGAAGUUGAACCCUAUGCAAGCUAUGUAGAAAGGGUGAACUCCAUCUACAAUCAGUCAGCAGAGAGGUGUAACGUGUAAAGAUAUUGACAUCAUGUGGCUGAAUAACCAAUUCCAUGUACUGUAAGAAGAAAUGAGUUUGAUUGGAAGUCAAAGUGAGGAAAUGGAUUGUGAAAAAUGAAUCAAGGAACUAAUUUUAAUCUUCACUUGCAACAAGAUUUUAUAUUCUUGUUACACUAUAAAGCUGGUUCAGCAGAAGCCCAUUCCAAAGUGAUUUUGAUGACUUGAAGUGGCUUGCUUUUUAUUUUUAUUUUUUUACUUGUGCAAGAUCAAUAUGCCAGGACCCUAUGAACAGGAAUAUAUACUUCCCUAUGACUAGGUCAGGAGUGAGAACAUGUUCAAUGUUUCUGUACCAGGAAUUCAUGUUAAACUUAGAGUGUGUGCAAUUGAGCCUUUACUUGUAGAGUUCAUGACUUUACAGUUUUAAGAGCUUUCACCUUUGUGUGUAAACGUAUAUGUCAGGUACUAAUAUAUACGUAAACAUAUUGUGUGUAUUUAAAUAUACCAGUUAAUAAUCAGUAUAAAAUGCAAUUUUUGAUUAGCUUGCCUGUGAAAUAAUGUGCCUUAUUGUAAGCAUUGAAUGAUUAUUAUUUACAUGCAUUAAUGUGUGCUAGAAUUUACUAAUUGAUUGGAUGGCAGCAAUUCUUGCAUUUUUGCAUCCAACAAAUGUAUUGUCAUUCUGUAAUGACUUUGUUGUGUUACAAAUGCCGAUUGGAUAAAGCAUUUUAUCCACCCGGGUGUUAGUUCUUUACACUCAAUUAUUUUGUAUGCACAGCAACCAGCAAUAAUACAGUUGUCAUUUUAGACGGAUUAUUACAAUCAUUCCCCAACGCCUUACUCAAGGACAAUCAAUUGUAGAAGUACUGCUCCACCUAGUGGUGAAAAAAAAACAACUUCCCUGAAUUUAUUAAUGGAAAAAGAAAGUGUUUAUAUAAAAAAUACUUAUUUAUUGUACACCUUCCUGCACAAAUUUAACAAGCUUGUAUUUCUUUAGGUAUUUUUUUAAAACUAUUUUGAGAUAUAAUUUAGCCUUGACAAUAAUGAUCAACAAGGAAGAGUGGAGAGUAGGAAAAUCAGGAUGCCUUUCAUUAAAAUGUCUACCAAGCUGACCACUUUUGUAUCUUUUGUGCUAUUAAAUAACAGUGAGCAAAUGUAUGUAAUUAAAUAUCAAUCUUAUUUAUAUAUGUGGUGUACUAAAAAAUACAAGGCAUUAAAGCACAUGUAAAGCUGCUCAUUAGCUUUCUGUAAUUUUCAAAAGAUGACUUUUUAAAUUUUGUUUCAUUGAGUCGUUUGCUACAGCAGUAAAUUAUUUACAUUGAUUGCAUGCUCUUUACAUGUGUAUUAAGUGUAGCCUGCAUUAGGCCUACUGUUGGAAACAUAUUACAAUACAAGCACUAUUGAAAUCUGAUGCAUUUGAAUGAUAAAAUGUAAAUGUAAAUAUUGUUUAUGUAAGCAUAAGAAAGAUAUUGC